AUGGUUGACCCAGUGCCCGAAGAAGAGAAAGAGGGAACCGAACCCGGUGGCUCAGAAGGGGAUGGGGACACAGCUUCUGUGCCUCCUGAUACCCAGGGCGCCCAGCAACCCGCCGCCUCCUCAGCCUCGACCUCUGCGGCGGUGCCGGGCAAGGCAGAAGUCCCGUGCGCAGCAGACGGCGGGCGGAGGGAACAGUCUCCGCUGCUGCACCUCGACCUCUUCAACUUCGACUGUCCAGAGGCAGAGGGCAGUCGCUACGUGCUCACCAGCCCCCGCUCGCUAGAGGCCUGUGCCCGCUGUGCGGUCAAACCGGUGGAGCUGCUGCCGCGGGCCCUGGCCGACCUGGUGCGUGAGGCCCCAGGCCGCUCCAUGCGGGUGGCCACUGGCCUGUACGAGGCGUACGAGGCCGAGCGGCGCGCCAAACUGCAGCAGUGCCGGGCCGAGCGCGAGCGGAUCGUUCGCGAGGAGAAGCGGCGCCUCUUCACGCCGUUGGGCCCCGCGGCCUCCACAGCCUCAACCUCCGCCUCAGCCCCGAGCGCUGGCAGCAGCAGUAGCUGCAGCAGCGCUAGCCUCCCGGCCUCGCCUGCACCGCGUGCCACCCGAAAGACUUCUCCCAGUCCCUCCGCCCGGACCCAACCUCCGCCCGCGGGUUCUCGGACAGGUAGGAAGAGCCACUCGCUGGACUCGCUGUCCCGCCGGCGCGACGGUGCCCUCAGCUCCGAGUCUGGCGCAUCGUCGUCGUCCUACAGCGGGGAGAGCCUGCGGGAGCUUCGCUGGCCUCCGCGGGCCUCGGCCAGAAACAGCUGCCCAGCAGGGUCCGCGUCCUCUGCACCCAACCCUCUGGGCCGCCCUUCCGCCCUUGCCCUGGUUCCACUCACAGGCCGCAGCUUCAGCCUCGGCGACCUGAGCCACUCGCCACAGACCGCUCAGCAUGUGGAGCGCAUCGUGCGCCAAGUCCGCGCCGAGCGUGGCCUACGCGAGGUGCCGGAGCGCGACCGGAAGAUCGCUGCGCUCAUGCUGGCGCGGCACCAGGAGGAGCGCCUGUUGCUGGAGCAGCGCGCCGCGGCCCACGGCCAGUGGGAGCAGCAGCGCGUGCGCGCCGAGCAGCGGCGGGAGCGCGAGGAGCGCGAGAAGCAUCGCGCCCUGGAGCAGGGCCGCCGGGCCUGGGCCGCACAGGUGGAGGAGCGGCGCGGCCGCCGGGGCCUCGAGGAGCGCGAGGCUGCACGGCGGCGGCAGCAGCAGUGUGAACGCAGCGAGGAGCGGCGGCGGGAGCUGGCGGAGCGCCAGGGCCUGCUGCGGCGGGAGCGGGCGGAGCGCACGGCCCGGGAGGACCGGCUGCGCAAGCUGCAGCAGGAGCAGAACCUGAAGCAGCGGGAAGAGGGCCUGCAGGAAGGACGUGAGCGAGCCGAGCAGGUCCGCAGGGAGCGCGCGCAGCGCGCGGCCCGCGCCAAGCAGCAACAGGAGGGCCUGCUGCAGAGGGAGAAACGCGAGCUGAGCCGGGCCGAGCGGACGCGCCACGAGGCGCUCCUGCGGGGCCGGGCCCGGCAGCAGCACGAGGAGCGGGAGGGCCUGCGAAGCUCCCUGGAGGCCAGCUUGGGCCGCGCGCAGGAGAACUACGAGCAGUUGGUGGAGCAGCGCACUCGGGAGCUGCGGGAGCGGGCCCGGCGGGAGGAGCUGCAGGGUCGGCGAGCCAAGGAGGCGGCCGAGCGUAAAGAGCGGGAACAUCAGGCGCACCUGGAGGCGCUGGCCCGGGCCGGGGAGCGACGGCUGCAGCACGCGGCGCAGGUGGCCGAAGAGGCAGUGCAGCAGAAGGCCCGGCGCGUGGUCCAGACCCGGCUGGAGAAGGAGCGGGCCCAGCGCGCCAACAAGGAAAAGGUGGAGAGGGAUGAAGACUGCCGUCGGCGGGAGCUGCUCCAGGCCAUUGGGCGCAAACUGGAGCGCAGCGAGCAGCUGUCGCGGGAACGGCGCAGCGCACUGGAGAGCGCUCGCUCCACUGCCCGGGCGUCCUUCCACGUGCGGGAGAAGGUACGAGAGGAGACCAACACGCGCUCCUUCGAUCGCAUGGUGCGGGAGGCCCAGCUCCACGCCAACCUAGACCGCAAAUGA